AUGACCUCCCGUCCUGGCCCGGGAAUACACGAGCAGUCCCGUGGCAGUGGGGUGCCCUCUCGGUCGCAGCCACAGUUGCAGUCGCAGCCGCAGUCGCAGUCGCAGUCGCAGGCGCAGGUGCGGCGGCAGCCCUCGAAGCCGCUGAACACGAACCCGGCCACGAACACGGCCACGAACACGGCCACGACGCUUCCCCAGCCCAUCGAUCCCGCCCUCGAACACGUGCGACCACCCGCACUCCAGGCCGCCGCCGACACCGCACGACCACUGCCCCAGGGGCGCCCCCAGCUGUUCUACGGCACUGCUCCCCACGACGCCUACGCCCACGCCCACGCCCACGCCCACGCCCACGCCCACGUCCACGCCCACGCCCACGUCCACGCCCACGCCUGCGCCCACGCCUACGCCUGCGACCUGCCCAUCCACCCUUCGUUCCCCUACCAGCCGACCGCCACGCUGCCCCUGCCGCCCCGCCCCGGCUCCGUCCACCUGCGAGAUGCCUUGACCCACCGCCGCAUCGUGCCCGGCGGGACAGGCGUGAAGGAGCAUCCCAGCAUCCACCCGCCCGAGCUGAUCACGCCGCCUGUCCACUUCCCCGGCGGCGAGGCGGCCGACGUCUUUCCAUGGACCGGCCACAACCCCGAGGACACGUUGACCGAGGCCUUGGUCAAGGCAGGCAUCAGCAACAAGCCGCAGAUCAUGAAUGAGACCAACACGGCCCGCCCCUCGCUGUGGUCCAAUCUGAAGAACAAGUCCGGCCUCUCCACACUCUCCACCCUGUUCGUGGCCGUGCUGGAGAAGCGCCAGCAGACCGGUCGUCUCCAGGAGCCGAAUACCUUCAAGCCCCCGCCACGCCUCACCCUCAGAGACUCGACGCGCGAGCAGUGGCUGCACGAUCUGGCCAACCCAGCUGUUGGCGUUCGCCGCCUGAGUCGCACCAUCCCUCACGGCCUCACCGGCAAAGUCCUGCUCGAGCAGUGUCUCAACAAGAACAUACCUCUGACGAGGGCGCUGUGGCUGGCCAAGUGCGUGGGCAUCAACGAGCUGCGCUCCCACAAGCGCAAGGGCCAAGCCGGCACCGUGACUUGGGUCCGAGGUUGGACGAGCUCCGUCGAGCACUUCUUAGAUGGCAUCGUCUCGAGCAUGGGCACCGGAGAGUGGAAGCCUCGCAUCACUUACUCAGUCAAGCUGGCAACCCACUUGUACAAAGAGUGCCUGCUGGACGUCGACCACUUCCUUGACUGGAUGCUUCACAAUCUGGAGGCCUGCUCGCCCGAGCGCCUGUUCGUCUGGCUUACCCUCUUGUCCGUUCCUCAUUACUGGAAUGACAUUCUGUCGUGCCGCAUGCGUGGCAAGCGUUUGGCAGAAGCGCUGCUCAACCACGUGACCAAGCUCUCUCAGCACGAAGCUUCUCUGUUAUCUCAGCUUCUCGAGAAUACCCUGAUCGACCUUCUGGACAAACGCCCGGCGUGUCUGCUACUUCCGACUACAUGGCACCAACACAGUGCAACCCUCCAGGCCCUUGCAGACAAAAUCAAUCACCCACAACUCCUACACAGAGUGCAGAAGCUAGACGAUCGGAAUCGCAGACUACAGCAGUCGUCCAAGACGGCUCCAGCGGCUUCCAUGACAUCUGCUGGUCGAGUUUAUCGCAUACUGGACAACGUCGACUACAACAGAAUCGUUCGUAUCGACGAGGUCUCUACAGACUGUAUGGAGGUCAUUUCCAAUCCUGUGCACCUAGUCUCCGCAUUGUUAGAGUGGGCAUGUUCCCAUUAUCGCCAAGGCUCACACAGGGUCUGCCUAGCCACUCGCUUGCUCCGCAGGUGGGGCCAUCUGGGUGCAGACAUAUACGAGUGUGUGACGACAUACCUUGAAGGUAUGAGUUGGGCCAAGACUGGGGACGAGCGUAUUGUCUUCAAGGUUAUUUCUGAGCUGGUCCGUUCCAAGACCUUUGCAGCUGGUCGCUAUAUGCAAUGGCUCAUCGCCACGGGGUCGAUCGCGCAAAACUUGGACCUGUCUGUGCCUGCUGCGUGGCCUGUACGCCUGAUCACGGAAAUACCUAUUAGCGGGUUACCAGACCAAAUACGGACUUUGCGUGCCACGCUUCUUCGCGGGACCGCGUACUCUGCGGAUUGGGAGGACCAGUGUUUAGAGCAUGCCAAACUGUCCAUCUCACAGCAAAUGCCUGUACUAUGCGGCAUGGGCUAUUCGACAUUGGACCAUCCUAAACUUGAAAUCGGCAAGCUCGGGUCCACGGUUAGGAUUGAACUUGGAAUUUGGCUCCGUCAACAAGUUGCUUGGUAUGCCGAACUAAACGAACACGUGCCUACCAAGGAUCCUGCUGUUGAGGAGACUGCGACCGUCUCCUUGAUCACGCCGCAUGACUUCGAUAUAGUGCGAUCUUAUCUGGAGCAGUUUGACCAUAUUUCCUUGCUCGCAGAUGUUGUCAACAUUGUAACCUCUUCACUGGACCCAACCGUACUUGCUUCUGCCACGGAUACGAUGCACUACCACCUGAAAGCCUUCCGUGCCAUUGGCGCCUUCGACUCUCUCUUUGGAAAGGUGGUGACAAGGUACGCGUCGAUCAGGACUAUCCGAUUUCCCGAACGAGAACUGCUCCUCAGCCUCACCAAUCUUACUCGGACGUUGCAAUUAGACGGCCAAUUACUGCAGCUUUUGAACUACGAUUUGAGCCGACUAGACCAGAAAAACUCGAUGGCUGCAUGCUCCCCCGCAUCCGACAACAUGGGCGAGGUCAUGUACAAUAUCUCAUCCAACGUUGAGGACGAGAUCGAACGCAUUCUUUCGAGUGGCAAUAGUAUGGACCAACAAGUCAUGGCUCGAAUGCUACGAAAGAUCACUGGCAGUUUACAGGACUGUGUCAGUAAGGGUGUUCUGCAGUCCGAUCACUAUUCCAACUGGUUCUACCGUCUGCGCAGCUUCGAUGACUCGACGUUUGACGUAGUGCUGAAUGAGUGGACGAACCUAUGCUUGGUGAAUCACCAAGUCGAGGUCUUGUUUCUCGCACUGCCCACUCUAGUGGGCUCUGGUUGUAUGCCUUUGUCUGGUUUUUUGGAGAGCCUGCGAGCCUACGUUGCCAAGACAGCAACCGGACAGCCUGAAAUUGCUUUCCGAGUGGCUUCGGAAGGUCUCUACAGCCUACUACCCUCCGACGUUCUGGCACGCAAUUGGUCAUCAUCAGAUGGAUAUCGAUUUCGACUGGAGCAACGAAAGUUGUGCUACGAAGCAGAUGCACGCGUGCUUCAGUUUAUCAGCGAACUCGUCGGACUGGGCACAGCCUUACCUGUGCAAAAAGUUGGGCAACAAUUGUCCAGCCUCCUGUCCAGUAGCUCAGUCCUUGACAUACUAAAACACUACACUCUUGCCGACACAACCCAUCUCUCUAAGCUCAGUACAGGUGGGUCGAACGGAGACCUAAAAAUACAGUACCUGAAAGUCCCCUUCGGUCUCCUCCUUGACCCUCAUGGCAACCUUGACCUAUCUGCGAAAAGCCCAGAACAGCAGGUUCUUGAAAUCUUUGACAUAGCCAGUGAGCUGUCCAUGCCAUUCUGCAGAUCUAUGGUCCAGCAGAUCUUCGAAUUUGAUUCAGUCUCGACGGAGUGUUUGGCCGAUGGACUCUCUGCCGCACUCUUGAGCGCUAUCAAGUCGGCUCUGGAGAAGGACCAACCAUCCGCGCUGGAGCUUCUAGCCACCCUAGACAGCGCUCUCACAGUCAAGAUACGCCAGCAGGCAGAACAUGAGAUUAUCGGUGCAUCGUCCUUCCUCACUACGUCUUCACUCGAACCUCAGAGCUUCAGCCUGUUGUCGCCAGCAUUGGUGCAAAAGUACCUCACAAUCAUCGAUCUGACUGCAGGAGAAGUCUCCGACGCCACUGAACCGUCUACGAUGUCAAUGGCACUGACCGAGAGGCUCAAAGGCGUAGCUCAGGCUUUGACUUAUCUGGAUGGCGUCGGGAAGCUCCACACCCACACUGACCACUUGACUGUGUCAGAUCUCUACACAUGGACCAAUGCUUUGUUCCGCGUACUCAUCUCUCACAAGACCUCGGCUUUAGGAAAUGCCACACAUCAGCAUCAGACUGCUCUGAUGGCCGCGCUAAGGUCUUUGAUUGUUCACCCGCUCCUCGAACUCUAUCCACACAUUGCCGAACACAUUUUCGACGUGACAGUCGUGUUGUCCGAUCUUCUGUCCGACGACGUCCGCAUUCAGCUCGCUCGUGCCGAGAGUACCGCACCCGCAGAUGAUCCUCGAUUUUCGUUCAUCGUCGGUUCUGCAAGACCGAUCGAUGGCUGGCUUGUACUGACCAAGCCUGUUAACCCACCACAGUCCGCUCAAAACUUUGCGCCUUCCCAAUCACAGACUCCAGCCACUAUCCAGAGCCAGUAUCAGAGCCCGCAGAUGCCAAAUUCAGGUGCCCCUUCACCUCAACAACGAUACUUCAACCCACAGCAACAACGUCAGCAACAGAUGCAAGCACAGCAGUUGCGAAGCUACCCUCAAUAUCCACAGCACACUCAUCCUCAGAAUAAGAUGCUUCCCGCGCAGCUACAACGAAACCCUUCGAACCCCACACCAUUGCAGCAAAUGCAACACAUGCAGCAUAUGCAAAGCCUCGCACAGCAACGGGCCACGCAACCAUCGCCGGUGCAGUCUCAGCGUCCCACUCCCAUGGCGAGUGGGCCUGGCGCGACGAACGGCAGGUUGCCCGCGGCACAAGCAAAAGAAGUGAGACAGUUCCCGUAUGUACAACCGAGAUGGGAGAUCUUGGCCGAAAGCUCUGGAAACCCCAAUGCAAACGAAACAGCGAUCAACUUGAGCCUGUUCGGCGCCAGGAGAGCCUGA